AUGGCCAAGGACCUAACCACGACAGUCUAUGAGCCCAUCCAGCCUGAGGGCUUGGCUCUUGUUCUGUUGGUGGUGACCAUCGUCUUUACUAUUCUCUCGAUCCUCAUUGCGGGCCUGCGUUUUUGGGUCCGUAUCUCACUAAACGCCUUUGCUGUCGAAGAUUGGUUGAUGCUUGCUGGCCUGAUCCUCAACAUUGCGCACAAUGCCUCGGUCAUCGUUCUCGCAUACAGCGGCAUCGGGUCCCGCGACGAUGUCAUCACCGUCGGCAUGCAGUACAAGAUAGGUCUUUGGACCAUCAUCUGGCAGUUCAUCUACGUCCUCGACGGCGCAAUCAUCAAGUCGAGCAUCAUCUGGACCCUCCUCCGACUCGCCAAGGACCUCAACAAGAUCUACACCAAGAUCCUAUGGGGCCUCUUCGGCUUCAGCUGGAUCGUCUGGCAGAUCUCGUGGCCUGUGGCCAUCUUCCAAUGCAAGCCCGUCGCGGCGGCAUGGGGCGAGCCAGGAGACUGCACCUCUGGACAGACAGUCAUCUUGAGGGUGUCAUACUUCGUCUCGGCUUCCAACAUCUUUACCGAUAUCAGCACCGCGCUGGUGCCCAUGUUUCUGCUUCGCCGCCUCCAGAUGCCCAAGAGGACCAAGCUCAUGACCAUGGGCGUCCUGUCACUGGGUGUCUUUGCAUCAGUGGCCACUACCAUUCGUAUCACUUAUACUUGGGCGUAUACCGCACCCUCUGGAAGAUUCUACGAAAUUGGAAAGAUCGUCUUGCUUACAGUCCUCGAAUGCGACCUCGGUAUCAUCGCCGGCUCCAUGCCCAUGCUGCGUCGUCUCAUCCGCAACCUCGCCCCCUCGUACGGUUCAAAAGACAAAACCCCCGGACGAUCUGGCGACGUCAACCUAGUCACCAUCGGCGGCACAUCCGGUCGACGAACCCACGUGAAGCUUUCGAAUGGUGGCGCCAGCAGGAACGACGACCAUGAAAACCACUUUCAAGACAAGGAGAGCAACGAUGACGACGAGUCGACCCGCCGUAUGAUACAUAUUACCCGCGAGGUCGAGCAGGAUAGCAUAUCGGGACAGAAUUUGCCUCGUAAUCAUCAGGUGGACGUGGAGAUCUCUGGGGGCGACAGACAACCGCCAAAGUCGGACCCCGGCUCGGCACGGAGUUGGAGACACUAG